GAAGGUUAAUCUGUACUCCUAAUGCAGGAGCAUCAUUUCUCUUUAUUGCAACGCGAGACUGAAAAACUCCGGAAUGAUAUAGAGAAGAUGCGCAGUGAACUGAGGUAUGAGAUUGAUAAGGUAACUGCUGGGCAACGUUUGGAUUUGAAUCUUGAAAGAGGGCGUAUACGAGAUGAACUGGCCAAUCAAAAUGCAGAAACCUCAAAUCUAACUAACAAGCUUGAUAGGGAAAUUCAUGCAUUAAAGGCCCAACUUGAAGCUGCAAAAUAUGAUGUCAUAAAGUACUGUAUCGGUACUCUUGUCUCCAUCUCUGCUGUUGGACUUGCUGUUAUUCGCAUUCUGAUGUGAAGAUAUUGUUAGGCAAUUAAAGAUGACUCUAGAGAAAGAAAUUCUAGUAUGUUCAUUUUUUCCCCCUCUGAUGAAAUUGUAUGCUGAAAAAUUUUUAAAAUUCAGUUGCAGCUUCAGUUGGAACUUGUGGCCGAAGAGAACAUUUCAUAAAUGUAUCCAGACUGAAUAUUUAUUUUUCUGUUCCCCUCGGGUAUUCUCAUUUGCCUUGACACAUAUUUUCCUGUAAUGUUCAUGCCACUUAGAAGAAGAAUGGAAGCAAUAUAUACUGGAUGCACCUUUUUUUCA